AUGAGCAGCCGGGACCCCGCGGUGAGCAGCCUGGACCCCGCGGUGCGCAGCCCGGACCCCGCGAUGGGCAGUCCGGACCCCGCGAUGAGCAGCCCGGACCCCGCUAUGGGCAGCCCGGACCCCGCAGUGCGCAGCCGGGACCCCGCGGUGCGCAGCCCGGACCCCGCGGUGCGCAGCCCGGAUCCCGCGAUGGGCAGCCGGGACCCCGCGGUGCGCAGCCCGGACCCCGCGGUGCGCAGCCCGGACCCCGCGAUGAGCAGCCCGGACCCCGCGGUGCGCAGCGCGGACCCCGCGAUGAGCAGCCCGGACCCCGCGGUGCGCAGCCCAGAACGCGCCGUGCAGCUGCGCUGCUCCUCAAUCAAGUAUAUAUUGCCUUCUUCUUUGAAUCCCUUUAGUACGUUCUUCUCAUUCACUAGCCUGCAAAAGAGAUUUUGUCUGCAUUGCCAGUGGUACAUGACCAGAAAUGUGCACACCAAUGCUUAUGAAUCCUUAAUGGACAGAAUUCACAGGCCAAUUGGGACCUUUGAAUUGGGACCUUACCUAUUGAAUAUUGUAGGGACUGAAUUUGUACAGGAGUUCCAAGGGGCAGUGAUAUUUAAGCCAAGCAGGUCAACCUCCAAAGUCCACCUCUUCUCUGUCAGCGCCUUCAAAUUGUUAUAUCAUUCAUACUUCCAUCAAGAGGGAAAAUCUACUUUUCCAUCCUUUGAGAAAUGGGUGUUGGCCAGCAACGCCGGCCUGGAGAAGGCUCAAAUGCAGUCCAUGGGCAGUGCUGUGAACAGCUCUGAAUUAACUGAGUCUCUGUUCCUAGGACCAAGUCUACACCUUUGUCUGUACCUUAAGAUGUCUAAGGAUGGAAAACAAAUCCACCUUGCUUUCCUCACACAGCCCUCAGGAAGAUCAGAGAAGAUGUUUCUGACAUUUGCUGAACGACUUGGGAAUGUGAAUAUCGAUAUUAUUCACCGUAUUGAUAGAACUGCAAGCUAUGAUGAGGAGGUUGAAACCUACUUCUUUGAGGGUCUGCUGAAAUGGAGAGAAUUGAACCUAACAGAACAUUUCGGAAAAUUUUACAAAGAAGUUAUUGACAAAUGUCAGUCAUUCAAUCAGUUGGUUUAUCAUCAAAAUGAGAUAGUUCAGAGUUUGAAGACUCACCUGCAAAUUAGGAACAGUUUUGCUUACCAGCCUCUUUUGGAUUUGGUUGUACAGUUGGCACGAGAUCUGCAGACGGAUUUCUAUCCACACUUUCAGGAUUUUUUCCUGACUAUCACCUCUAUCCUGGAGACUCAGGACACAGAGCUGUUAGAAUGGGCCUUUACCUCACUAUCCUAUCUUUAUAAGUACCUGUGGAGACUGAUGGUGAAGGACAUGAACAGUAUAUACAGCCUGUAUAGUACACUCCUGGCACAUAAAAAACUACAUAUAAGAAAUUUUGCUGCUGAAAGCUUUACUUUUUUGAUGAGAAAGGUCACUGAUAAAAAUGCACUUUUCAACUUAAUGCUUCUUGAUCUUAAUAAACAUCCAGAAAAAGUGGAAGGAGUUGGACAGUUACUCUUUGAAAUGUGCAAAGGAGUUAAGAAUAUGUUUCAUUCCUGUACAGGACAGGCACUGAAGCUAAUUUUGCAAAAGCUAGGACCAGUGACUGAAACAGAAACUCAGCUGCCAUGGGUUUUAGUUGGAGAAACACUCAAAAACAUGGCUAAAUCGACAGUAGUCUACAUCUAUAAGGAACACUUUGCUACAUUUUUUGACUGUUUGCAAGAAUCACUCCUGGAUCUACAUAACAAAGUGACAAAAACAAACUGUUGUGAGAGUUCUGAACAAAUUAAAAGAUUGUUAGAAAUAUAUAUGAUACUUGUGAAACAUGGAAAUGGAUCAAAGAUAACCAAACCUGCUGAUGUUUGUAAGGUAUUGUCUCAAACAUUAGCAACAGCAAAUCUUUCUACAUCGUGCCGUGUGACACUCUUGGAUAUAAUUUCUGCUUUGAUCCUUGGUGAAAAUGUUUCAUUGCCAGAGACCCUCAUCAAAGAAACCAUAGAUAAAAUUUUUGAGAGCAGAUUUGAAAGACGUUUGAUUUUGGACUUUUCCAAAGUUAUGUUUCCUAUGAAGCAAUUUGAACAGCUUUUUCUACCAAGCUUUCUCUUGUACAUUGAGAAUUGCUUCUCAGUUGGCGACAGUAUGGCCAAAGAUGAAGCACUGGCCAUUUUGGCCAAGCUCAUUCUCAACAAGGCAGCACCUCCCACCGCUGGCUGCAUGGUGAUUGAAAAGUAUCCUCUGGUUUUCUCACAACAGACAGUGGGAUCCUACUUAAGGCAGAGGAAAGCUAGAUCUGAAGGAAGAAAGGAACAGUAUUCAGUACUGGACCAUCUCUUAACUGUAAUUCAGCUACCCCCCAGUAAAGAUACGACUUCCCUUUCACAGUCUUGGGCAAGCCUUGUAGUAUUACCUCACAUUAGACCUCUUGAGAAAGAGAAGGUGAUACCUCUAGUGGCAUGCUUCAUAGAGUCACUCUUCAUGACUAUUGACAGAGGGACCUUUGGGAAAGGAAGCUUCUUUGUUCUUUGUCAAGCUGUAAAUACUCUACUGAGUUUGGAAGAGUCUUCUGAACUACUUCACCUGGUUCCUGUGGAACGUGUAAAGAAUUUGGUAUUAACAUUUCCUUCGGAACCGUCGGUGCUGCUGUUGACUGAUCUCUACUAUCAGAGGUUAUCCUUCUGUGGAUGCAAAGGACCACUCUCUGAGGAAGCUUUAAUGGAAUUAUUUCCCAAGUUGCAAACAAACAUUUCAACUGGAGUAUCCAAGAUUCGGCUUUUGACAAUAAGGAUCUUGAACCAUUUUGACAUUCAGCUUCCAGCAUUGAUGGAGGGUGAUGGUGAUGGUCUGUCGGAGCGCCAGUCAGCCUUCACAAUAUUACGCCAGGCAGAACUUGUUCCAGCAACUGUGAGCGAUUACAGGGAGAAGCUACUGCACCUGCGGAAACUGAGGCAUGAUGUUGUGCAGAUUGCUCUUCCUCAUGGGCCCUUACAGGAGGUACCACUUCGUUAUUUGUUGGGCAUGUUAUAUGUCAACUUCAGUGCUCUGUGGGAUCCUGUUAUUGAACUCAUAAGUUCUCAUGCCCAUGAAAUGGAAAAUAAGCAGUUUUGGAAAGUCUACUAUGAACAUCUAGAUAAAGCAGCUACACAUGCUGAGAAAGAACUGCAAAUGGAUAUGGGAGAUGAGGUGAACUCCAUUGGAGAUGAAAGCUGGGAGCAGACCCAGGAAGGGGAUGUUGGAGCUCUUUACCAGCAGCAGUUAACCUUGAAAACUGACUGUCGGGAAAGACUGGACCAUACCAACUUUCGAUUUUUGCUUUGGCGAGCUCUGGCAAAAUUCCCAGAGAGAGUAGAACCACGGUCCAGGGAGCUUUCCCCGCUCUUCUUGAGAUUUAUCAACAAUGAGUAUUAUCCAGCAGAUCUGCAAGUUGCUCCAACCCAGGAUCUUCGGAGAAAAGGCAGAGGGAUGACAGCAGAAGAAACUGAAGAGGAACCUUCUGCAGGGAAUGAUGAGGAGUUGGAGGAGGAAGAAGAGGAGUCUCCAGAAGAACCCUCACAAAAGCGAAGGACAAGAAGAGCUGCAGCAAAGCAAUUAAUUGCUCAUUUGCAAGUUUUCUCUAAAUUUUCAAACCCACGGUCGUUAUAUCUGGAAUCCAAAUUAUAUGAGUUAUAUCUUCAGUUAUUGCUACACCAAGAUCAAACAGUACAAAAAAUAGCCUUGGAUUGCAUAAUGACAUAUAGACAUCCUCAUAUCUUCCCUUACAGAGAGAACUUAAAAAGGCUGCUUGAAGACAGAAGCUUUAAAGAAGAGAUAGUACAUUUCAGCAUUUCAGAAGAUAAUUCUGUGGUGAAAACAGCCCACAGAGCAGAUUUAUUUCCAAUUCUGAUGAGAAUUUUGUAUGGAAGAAUGAAGAAUAAGACUGGUAAUAAAACACAAGGGAAAUCUGCUUCAGGCACACGCAUGGCCAUUGUUCUGCGGUUCUUGGCAGGGACCCAACCCGAGGAGGUCCAGUUAUUCUUAGACCUGCUGUCUGAACCUGUGAAGCACUUCAAGAAUGGAGAGUGCCAUUCUGCAGUCACUCAAGCUGUAGAAGAUUUGGAUUUGUCUAAAGUUCUUCCUUUGGGUCGUCAGCAUGGCAUCUUAAAUAGUCUGGGAAUCGUGUUGAAGAACAUUAGUCAUCUGAUCAGUGCAUACUUACCAAAGAUUCUGCAGAUACUACUCUGUAUGACCGCCACUGUAUCACACAUCCUUGACCAACGAGAAAAGAUACAGUUGAGGUUUAUUAGCCCAUUAAAAAAUUUAAGACGUCUUGGAAUCAAAAUGGUAACUGAUAUCUUUUUGGACUGGGAAUCCCAUCCAUUCAAAACAGAAGAAAUUGAUGCUGUGUUUCACGGUGCAGUUUGGCCCCAGAUCUGCAGGCUUGGAUCUGAGAGUCAGUAUUCACCUACUCCUCUGCUGAAAUUAAUUAGUGUCUGGAGCAGAAAUUCAAGAUAUUUCCCUUUCCUGGCUAAACAGAAACCUGGGCACCCAGAAUGUGAUAUCCUGACCAAUGUAUUUGCGAUUCUCUCAGCAAAGAACCUCUCUGAUGCCACAGCCAGAAUUGUGAUGGACAUAGUUGAUGACCUUCUUAACCUUCCAGAUUUUGAGCCCACGGAAACAGUAUCAAGCUUGCUGGUCACCGGAUGCGUGUACACCCACAUUGCAGAAGAUACAGAUGAGCCUAUCACUGUAGGAGGAAGAUUAAUUCUACCUCAUGUACCUGCAAUUCUUCAGUAUCUCAGCAAAAGCACAAUAAGUGCAGAAAAGGUGAAGAAGAAAAAGAACAGGGCACAAGUCAGUAAGGAACUUGGCAUUCUUUCAAAGAUCAGCAAGUUUAUGAAAGACAAAGAACAGAGUUCUCUGCUUAUUACACUUCUCCUCCCAUUCCUCCAUCGUGGCAAUGUUGCUCAGGAUACAGAGGUUGAUAUUCUGGUGACGGUGCAAAACCUGUUACAACACUGUCAAGACCCUACAAGCUUCCUCAAGCCUCUGGCCAAACUCUUUUCAGUUAUUAAGAACAAAUUGUCAAGACAGUUGCUCUGUACAGUUUUCCAGAGUCUUUCUGAUUUUGAAAGUGGACUGAAAUAUAUUACAGAUAUUGUCAAGCUUAAUGCCUUUGACCAAAGACAUCUUGAUGAUAUCAACUUUGAUGUUCGCUUCUCAGCAUUCCAAACAAUUACCUCUUACAUAAAGGAAAUGCAAGCCGUGGAUUUUAACUACCUAAUUCCAGUUAUGCAUAAUUGUUUCUAUAAUAUGGAGUUAGGAGAUAUGUCUUUAAGUGAUAAUGCCAGCAUGUGCUUGAUGAGUAUCAUCAAAAAACUAGCUGCCUUGAAUGUCACAGAGAAAGAAUACAGAGAAAUCAUUCACCGAUCCCUCCUGGAGAAACUGAGGAAAGGGUUGAAGAGUCAGACAGAGAGUAUUCAACAGGAUUAUACCAUGAUACUUUCCUGUUUAAUUCAAACUUUUCCAAAUCAACUGGAAUUUAAAGACUUGGUACAACUUACUCACUGUCAUGAUCCAGAAAUGGACUUCUUUGAGAACAUGAAGCAUAUUCAGAUCCACAGAAGAGCAAGGGCCUUGAAGAAACUGGCCAAACAGCUCCUAGAAGGCCAAGUUGUGCUUUCUUCUAAGUCUCUUCAGAAUUAUAUCAUGCCUUUUGCCAUGACUCCAAUUUUUAAUGAGAAGAUGCUCAAGCAUGAAAAUAUAACAAUUGCUGCCACAGAGGUUAUUGGAGCUAUUUGCAGACAUCUCUCUUGGCCACCAUAUGUAUAUUACUUGAAACAUUUCAUUCAUGUCCUACAGACAGGGCAAAUCAAUCAAAAGUUGGGUGUCAGUUUGCUAGUAAUAGUAUUAGAAGCAUUCCAUUUUGACUACAAAACUCUUGAAGAACAAAUGGGAAAAAUUCAGAAUGAAGAAGGUGUGGAAAGAAGAACAUCAUUAACCAAUGAAUGCAAAAUGUAUUCCCCACUGUGUCCAGCCAUUGUUGACAUGGAGUCUCCUAAACAUGUUUACCGAGACUGGACAAAAAGGGAAGAAGAACACAAGCUGGUGAAGUCAAAGGUGGUGAAUGACGAGGAAGUGGUUCGAGUUCCUUUAGCUUUUGCCAUGGUGAAGCUGAUGCAUUCCCUGCCUCGAGAAGUGAUGGAGGCGAAUCUGCCAAGUAUUUUGUUGAAAGUGUGUGCCCUCCUCAAGAACAGAGCACAAGAAAUCAGAGACAUUGCUCGCAGCACUCUCUCCAAAAUAAUAGAGGAUUUGGGUGUGCACUUCCUACAAUAUAUUUUAAAAGAAUUGCAGACUACUCUUGUCCGUGGAUAUCAGGUCCAUGUACUAACUUUCACUGUUCACAUGUUGCUGCAAGGCCUCACAAGCAAGCUUCAUGUCGGGGAUUUGGACCCUUGUUUAGAUAUAAUGAUUGAGAUCUUUAACCAUGAACUGUUUGGUGCCCUCGCGGAAGAGAAAGAAGUAAAGCAGAUCCUCUCCAAAGUUAUGGAGGCCCGAAGAAGCAAGAGUUACGACUCUUAUGAAAUCCUGGGCAAGUUUGUAGGAAAAGAUCAGGUUACAAAGCUUAUUCUUCCAUUAAAAGAGAUCUUACAAAAUACCACAAGUUUAAAGCUGGCCCGCAAAGUUCAUGAAACCUUACGACGAAUUAUAGCAGGAUUAAUUGUAAAUCCGGAAAUGACAGCAGAAUCCAUUCUAUUGCUCAGUUAUGGUUUGAUCAGUGAAAAUCUACCCCUGUUAACAGAAAAAGAAAAAAAACCAGCAGUCCCUGCACCUGAUCAACGUCUACCACCCCAGAGUUGCCUUCUGCUCCCCCCAACUCCAGUCCGAGGUGGACCGAAAGCUGUUGUGAGCAGAAAAACCAAUAUGCACAUAUUUAUUGAAUCUGGGCUUCGGCUGCUACAUUUGAGUUUAAAGACUUCCAAGAUCAGUCCUUCAAGUGAGCAUGUACUGGAAAUGUUGGAUCCUUUUGUAUCUCUGCUCAUAGACUGCCUGGAUUCCAUGGAUGUGAAGGUGAUCACAGGUGCUUUGCAGUGCCUGAUCUGGGUCUUGAGGUUUCCUUUGCCUUCCAUUGAAAAAAAAGCAGGGCAGCUGACAAAGCACCUUUUCAUUUUGCUGAAGAACUAUGCAAGACAUGGGGCUGCCAAGGGCCAGAACUUCCACCUAGUAGUAAACUGCUUCAAGUGCGUGACCGUCAUUGUCAAGAAAGUCAAGUCUUACCAGAUAACUGAAAAACAGCUCCAAGUUCUUCUGGCAUAUGCUGAGGAGGACAUUUAUGAUACUUCAAGACAAGCCACUGCGUUUGGUCUUCUGAAGGCUAUUUUAUCAAGAAAAUUAUUGGUCCCAGAAAUUGAUGAUGUCAUGCGGAAAGUAUCCAACUUGGCAAUUUCUGCACAAAAUGAACCUACCAGAGUCCAGUGCAGACAGGUUUAUCUGAAAUACAUUCUUGACUAUCCCCUUGGUGAGAAAUUGAGACCAAACCUGGAAUUCAUACUCGCUCAAUUGAAUUAUGAACAUGAGACUGGAAGAGAGUCCGCCUUGGAAAUGAUUGCCUACCUCUUUGUCACAUUUCCUCAGGGACUGCUGCAUGAGAACUGUGGGAUGUUCUUCAUCCCACUUUGCCUGAUGAUGGUGAAUGAUGACUCUACCAUGUGCAAAAAGAUGGCGGCCAUGGCAAUCAAAUCCUUACUCAGUAAGAUCAGCCCUGAGAAGAAAGAUUGGCUGUUUGGAAUGGUGGCCUCCUGGUUUGAAGCAAAGAAGAAAUUAAAUAAACAGCUUGCUGCCUUGAUCUGUGGCUUGUUUGUGGAAAGUGAAGGGGUUGAUUUUGAGAGAAGACUUGGAACUCUUCUUCCUGUGAUUGAGAGGGAAAUUGAUCCUGAAAACUUCAAAGAUAUCAUAGAGGAGACUGAAGAGAAAGCUGCAGACCGCCUGCUGUUCAGCGUUCUCACUCUGAUCAGUAAACUCAUCAAGGAAUGUAAUAUUAUUCAGCUUACCAAGCCUUCUGAGACUUUGAAUAAAAUCUGGAGUCACGUGCACACCCACCUGAGACAUCCUCACAGCUGGGUGUGGCUCACAGCAGCCCAGAUUUUUGGACUACUCUUUGCCGCUUGCCAGCCUGAGGAGCUUAUUCAAAAAUGGAAUACCAAAAAGAGAAAAAAGAAACUCUCAGACCCUGUAGCAGUCAGGUUUCUAACAGGUGAUCUAGACCAAAAGAUGAAAAGUAUCUCUCUUGCCUCUUGCCACCAGUUGCAUUCCAAAUUCUUAGAUCAGUCUCUUGGAGAACAGGUUGUGAAAAAUUUGUUAUUUGUAGCAAAAGUUGUAUAUUUACUAGAACCACAUUCUGAAGAUAAGCAAAGUGAAAUAAAAGUCUUGGUACAACACGAAGCUUUAGGAGACUCUGUGUCCAGGGAUGCAUUAGAAGAAAAUGAGACCCAUGGGAAUGGAAAGGCAGAGCCUGACAGACAAAGGGAAGAGGAGAAGGAAGAGCCCGGCAAACCAGCCACUCUUCUGUGGCUGAUCCAGAAGUUGUCUCGGAUGGCAAAACUGGAAGCUGCUUAUUCACCUAGAAACCUCCUAAAGAGAACAUGCAUCUUCAAGUUCCUUGGGGCUGUUGCAGUGGAUCUGGGGGUGGACAGGGUAAAGCCGUAUCUCCCAGUGAUCAUCUCGCCUCUCUACCGAGAACUGAACAGCACAUAUUCAGAUCAAGAUCCUAUGCUGAAGAACCUUUCCCAGGAAAUUAUAGAAUUACUCAAAAAGCUGGUUGGGCUUGAGAGCUUCUCAUUAGCCUUUGCCUCAGUACAGAAACAGGCUAAUCAGAAGAGGGCACUCCGGAAAAAGAGGAAGGCUCUAGAGUUUGUAACUAAUCCUGAUAUUGCUGCCAAGAAAAAAUUGAAGAAACAUAAAAAUAAAAGUGAAGCAAAGAAGAGGAAAAUAGAGUUCCUGCGUCCAGGCUAUAAGGCCAAGAGACAAAAGACUCACAGCCUGAAAGAUUUAGCCAUAGUGGAAUAAGACCUCCCCAUGCUAUGUGCGUAAUUCAGUCUAUAAAGUGUGAACUGUUUGGUACAUUCUCCACUAUCACAGAUUUAAGUUUAUUUAAGAUAAACUAUGUGGGACUGGGAAGGUGGCUCAGUGGUAAGAGUGCUUGCCUUGCAUGCAUGAGGCACUGGGUUCAAUUCCUCAGC